UGCAGCAGGGAGAGGCGGGGAAGCAGCGCUCAUCCCCCGGGUACCGCAGCCGCCCAGACGGGAACAGGGAAACCCAUCCCCAGGGAAGAGGGCUCUGCAGAAGGCAGGGACCCAGCGGGUGCUGAAAGGAGCCUGCAGCCUCUGUGUCAUCCUCAUCCUCCUCCUCCAGCUGCCCCCUGAGGGACCAUGCCAGGCCUCUACUCCCUCCUGUCCUGGGAGGCUCUGCCCCUGAAGAGCUCCACGGUGAAGGCUUGUGCCAACGGGUACUCCCUGAGCAUCACUGCCCACCUCACGUACACCAACCCCCACAAGGAGCCCGUGGAAGGCAUCUUCAUCUACCCGCUGGAGGAGUCGGAGGUGGUGGCUGGCUUUGAGGCGGCAGUGGGCAGCCGGCGGGUGACGUUCCAGCUCCAGAACCGGCACCGGGUGCAGGACUGCUGCCUGCAGUGCAGCCCCAGCCCCGGGCGCCUGCGCCGCUGUGCCAGCGGCCACCUUGUCUUGGAUGAGGACGUGGAGCGCUCCACCUUCAUCAUCGUCACGGGCACACUGUGCCCAUCGGAGAGCCUGGCUGUCACCCUGAACACAGUGCAGGAGCUGCCCACGCUGCCAGACGGGGCCCUGCGCCUGCUCCUGCCCCCCGUGCUCACACCCCACGUCCCCGCCGACCCCGAGAGCGAGCCGGCAAGCUUGUGUGACGACAGGUUGGCCCUAUGCCCCACAAGCUGUUUUGGGGGGCCAGGUGCCCGGAGCCAGUCACCCACUGUGGUGCCUGUGGACAGCGUGGAUGUCUUUCGGGGACGGCCCUGCAACCCUUUUCCUUACGAGUUCUCCUUCGAGCUGCUGGUGAAGGGCCCCUGCUUGCUGGCAGGGCUGGAGAGCCCCUCACAUGCCCUGAGAGCUGACGCCGACCCCUGGGCCAAUUCUGCCACCACCACCUGUGUCACCCUAGCCGAGCCCCACCGCUAUGACAGGGACCUGGAGAUCAUCCUCUACCCUUGUGAGCCCCACAGCCCCCACCUGGUGAUUGAGGAUGGCACCAUGACGUACCCCGAGUACGAGGCGCACAUCCGGAACCGCCGGGAUUACGUGAGGAUUGCCAGGAAGGACAGCAGUGGCGAGAGACAGGUGGCUUUCGUACAGAAGCGUUUCCACAAAGACAUCUUCCCCAACCCCGUGCUGAUGCUGAACUUCUGCCCGGCUGUGGAGGGCGUCCCCGCGGACCUGCAGAGCGUCACCCGCGAGCUCCUCUUCCUCAUCGACCGCAGCGACUCCAUCAGCGGCCCUGACCUUGACAAGGUCAAGGAGGCUUUGCUGGUGGCCCUGAAGAGCCUCCCGUCAGGAACGCUGCUCAACCUCGCCAGCUUCGGCACCGACGUCAAGCCACUCUUCCCAUCCAGUCGCCUCUGCAGCAACGAGACGUUGCGGCGUGCCUGCGAGCACCUCGGCGGCCUGCGGGCAGACCCUGGUGGCACCAACCUGCUGGCAGCCCUGGGCUGGGCGCUGGCACAGCCCCUGCACCACGGCUACCCUCGCCAGCUGUUCCUCUUCACCGGAGCAGCAGCGGGCAACGCAAGCAGGAUCCUCCGGCUGGUGCGCAGGCAGGCCAGCACCGUCAGGUGCUUCAGCUUUGGCAUGGGCCCGCGGGCGUGCCGGCGGCUGCUGAAGGCCAUGGCCAAGGUGAGCCGGGGCCGUGCUGAGUUCCUGAGCCCGGCCGAGAGGCUGCAGCCCAAGCUGAUCAAGUCCCUGAAGAAGGCGAUCGAGCCGGCCAUCAGCGACAUCACCAUCGACUGGUACGUCCCCGACAGCAUGGAGGCCCUGCUCUCGCCCGCCGAGCUCCCGGCCCUCUACCCCGGUGACCGCCUCGUCAGCUACUGCGUCCUCUACAGCAUCGCCCACUUCGGGGACAGGCGCCCGCUGGGCCAGGAUGGGGCUCGCCAGAGCCUCCGGGGUUCAGCCUUCCUCUCCCAGCAGGAAGUGCUCAGUCCUGCAGAGAGCCAUCAGCCACGCCAGAGCAACCCAGGAACGGGGGAUGCCUCCCUGGAUGUUUUUUCUGGAAGUACAGAGGUGUCAGAGCGGAGUGGUGAUCCUGUUUCUGGGGGAGACAUCUGGAAGCGGAUUUACCAGCCCUCGUACAUCCAGGAGCAGUAUGUCCUGACACACUGCUCUGUCAGCACUGACCGCAGCCAGGGGCUGCUCUCCCGCAGCUCCACCAGCAGCGAGUCCACCGGUUCCCGGGAUGUGGCCCCCGAGGGUGGCUCCUCAGCCCCUGGUGCUGAUGUCACCUCCCAGCAGGGCCAGAAGAGCCUGUCCCUCUGCGAGUCCUCCACCAAAUCUGCCCCGCUGCCCUCUGCCCCAGCUGGCACCAAGGUGACGGUGGCCCUGAGCACAGAGGAGCUGGCGCGGCAGAAGAAGGUGCUGGCACGUGCUGCCCUGGCUGGGCGCAGCUUCUCCACGCCCCACGGGGAGCUGGAUGCCCAUCGGCUCUGCCAGGCCCUGGAAAAGGUGUCCCAGAAGAGGAACCAGUCCCUGGAGGGGCGGCUGGAUGAGCUGGGACCCCAGCCACGGCAAAUGCAGCCCGGUGCAGUGGAGUCAAAUAACCUCCUCUCACCCACCCACCUGGACUGGGACAUGCUGGUGGAGCCCUCCUACCUCUUCAGUGCCUCGCCAGCGCCCGAGCCAGGGCAGCCCAGCCUGGGUGAUGCCAGCGUGCCCCUGCGCUGCCAGGUGGUGAUCCACGCGCUGCGAGCCGGCAAGCCCGUGUCCUGGGAAGUGACAGCCUCGCUGGAGUCACUGCUGCAGCCCCGGGAGGGGCCGGGCAGGGAGGACCCGCCGCGGAGAGUGGCCAAGGCCUGGGACAAGCCCCUGCAUCGCCUGGCAGCGCGCUCCGUGGUGCGGGACAACGAGAGCGUGGCACAGCGGGAAGCCAAGCUGGAGCAGGGUUUUGCCCGCCGGUUCCGCCUGAAAGCCGUGCAAACCAGCAAAGCCUGCAACAUGCCUUCCCUCUACACCCGCCUGGUGCCCGUGGACGGUGCCACGCAGGCAGCCCUGCCUGCAGCCCCCGAGGUGUGGGGCAUAGCUGGCUCAGGCAGCCGGACACGAGCUGCGGCAGCAGGGAGCUGGCACCACCGGAGCUCCUCAGCGGGUCAGGGGCAGCAGCAGGGUGUGGAGGAGCAGCAUGAGGCCCCUGGCACUGCAGAGCGAGACGGGAUUGCCAGGUCUCCAGGCAGCAUCUCCUCCCCUACCUUUGGCUGGGAAAGGCAGAACUACUCAAACGGGCCUCCAUCCAGCCCCUCCACCACCUCCAUGGGCUCCCAGAAAUCCACAGAGAGCAUCACAGGCUCCAGGUUUAGCCUGAGCAGGCGCAGGGGCCCCAGCCUGGUGCUGCGCCCGCAGUGCCUCAGCCCAGACAGCGAGCGCUCCAGCAACCACGCCAGCCACGACUACCUCCCGCUGGUGCAGCUGCAGCAAGCCCGGGGGCCGUUCCAGCUCACCGAGAGCUUCUCUGAAGUGGUGCAGAUCCCCCUGGACCGCCUGCGCCGCGCCUCCCCCUACGCCUCCCACCGUGCCAGCCUCAGCCCCGUGUCCCCAGGGGCCAGGAGCAUGCCUGAGGCAGGGCCCGGGGCUGAGGAGGGCGAGGAGCCCAUCACGGCCCCGCAGCCCAGCUCGCCCCCGUCCCGCAGCACGUGCUCCGAGGUGCCCAGCGCAGCCGCGUGGGCGCAGCCGGACAGCGGGCACGGCUCCGAGUCCGACACCGGGCCCCACUCGGCUGCCCCCUCUGAGGCCGGAGUCAGCUGUCAGGACGUGGGGCCAGAGGAUCUGGAGAGCGCCAGCUGGGCCACGGCGGUGGCCUUGGCGUGGCUGGAGCAUCGCUGCGCGGGGUUCUUUGAGGAGUGGGAGCUGGUGGCAGCCAAGGCGGACGCGUGGCUGCAGGCACAGCGCCUGCCCGAGGGGGUGGACGUGGGCUGCCUCAAAGGGGCAGCCAGGCACUUGUUCCUGCUGCUGCGUCACUGGGACGAGAACAUCAAGCUGAACAUGCUGUGCUACAACCCCAACAACGUCUGACGGCCGCCCAAGGGGCCAAUAAAGACACCUGGCUCCAAGCCACC